AUGAUUUACAACAAGACGCUCAAGAUUGGAUGUGCUUACUUGUUUUGCCAAGACCAGGGCAAAGUGGCUCUUGCAUGCGUAUAUGAGAAGAGGCCCAUAGAAGGACAGCCACUUUAUUGGGCAGAUUCCAAGAACAAUAAGGGCUGUACGAAAGACGCUCCUUGCAAAAAGCUCAUCAAAGGUGCUGUAUGCUCCAGCAAUGACGACGGCACCGUUGGUCCACUUUGUCUGCAAGAGGCUCCUCCUGCAACAGAAGCGCCGGAAACCAUAACAGAAGAGCCGGAGAGCACAACGGACGAGCAGGAGAGCGCGACAGACGAACAGGAGAGCACAACAGACGAGCAGGAGAGCGCAACAGACGAGCCAGAGAGCACUGCAGAUGAGCCAGAGAGCACAACAGACGAGCAGGAGAGC